CUGGUUUGUGUUUGGAUCUGUUAACUUUCGCAGCGGGAGGAGCGUGGCCUCCCCAAACUCUAAAUGUCAUGUUGAACAGGCUAGGCUAACGGGCUAAUGGCAGCUAGCAUUAGCGCCGUGCGAGUAGUUAACAAGUCUGCAACUUUGACUGUCAGCGCUUCAUUUCACCAUCAGUUCCACGCACGACCCAGCACGCGUUUGGUUUUUCGUAUUUAGGAUUUUAAGUGAAGGGCUAACUCCUCUGGACCCUACUGUGCAUGAAGCUCCGCUGAGGUUGUGGUGGUUUAAGUCGCCUGUCACCAUGUCAUCCACCUCCUCCUCCUAUUCCUCCUCAGGAGAGACUAGUCCGGAGGAUGUACCCCGAGGUGGGGGUACCAUCCGGGUCUAUCUACCCAACAAACAGAGGACAGUGGUGAAUGUCCGCCAAGGACAGACUGUGCACGAGAGUCUAGAUAAAGCACUCAAAGUGAGAGGCCUGUGCCAGGAGUGCUGUGCUGUAUUUCGCCUUCUAGGAGGUCGUAAGAGACUGACAGACUGGGAGACAGACAUUACUCCUCUGGUUGGAGAGGAGCUUUUAGUUGAGAUCCUGGACGAUAUUCCCCUCACCAUGCACAACUUUGUACGGAAGACUUUCUUCAAGUUGGCUUACUGUGAUUUUUGCCACAAGUUUCUUUUUAACGGCUUCAGAUGUCAGACAUGCGGCUACAAAUUUCACCAGCACUGCAGUAGCAAGGUCCCAACUGUAUGUGUGGACAUGGAUACAGUGAGCAAACGAGACACCCUCCUGCCAACUCCCUACCUAGAUGAAUGCCCACAAAUGCUAUUGCCAGAUAAUUCCCUGUCGCAGAGCAACCUAACACCAGAGCCUUCUGGAAUGGACCUCCUGUCCCCGACCUCCACCUUUCACUUCCCCAUUUCGGGUGGAGAUGGCCAGUCGCUACAGAGGCAUCGCUCCACUUCUACUCCCAAUGUUCAUAUGAUCAGCACUGUGGGCCCUGCUAGUGCCAUCAUUAUUGAGGAGGCGGUACAACAAAAGUACAACAACAUAAUUGGUCCUGAGCCCUCACCGAAACCCUCGACCAGUCCACCCUCUAAUAUUGGCUCUCCAGGGAGGAGACCGCCAAAGUCACCUUCAGAUCACAAGGAACGCAAGCCCUCUUCAUCUGAUGACAAAAAGAAAGUGCACCGAGGAGGCUACAGAGACUCAAGUUACUACUGGGAGGUCCAAUCUCGAGAAGUUAACAUGAUGAAGAGAAUAGGUGCUGGGUCCUUUGGAACGGUCUUCAAGGGCAAAUGGCACGGAGACGUGGCAAUCAAGAUCCUCAAAGUCAAAGAGCCAACACCUGAGCAGUUACAGGCUUUCAAAAAUGAAAUGCAGGUCUUAAGGAAGACCCGCCACGUCAACAUCCUGCUGUUCAUGGGCUACAUGACUAAGCCCAACUUUGCCAUCAUCACUCAGUGGUGUGAAGGCAGCAGCCUGUAUCGCCAUCUGCAUGUCACAGAAACCAAGUUUGACACUAUGCGUCGCAUUGAUGUGGCCAGACAGACGGCGCAAGGCAUGGAUUAUCUUCAUGCGAAGAACAUAAUUCAUCGAGAUCUGAAGUCAAACAAUAUUUUCCUCCACGAGGGCUGGACUGUUAAGAUUGGUGACUUCGGCCUGGCCACGGUGAAAUCUCGAUGGACCGGCUCUCAACAGGUGGAACAGCCCAGUGGAUCUAUUCUCUGGAUGGCACCUGAGGUGAUACGAAUGCAGGAAAGCAACCCAUAUACGUUUCAGUCUGACGUGUAUGGCUACGGAGUAGUGCUGUUUGAGCUGAUGUCGGGGACCCUGCCUUACACCAAUAUCAACAACAGAGACCAGAUAAUCUUCAUGGUCGGACGCGGUUACUUGUCUCCAGACCUCACUAAGCUGUAUAGUACCUCACCCAAGUCAAUGAAGAGGCUAAUUGUUGAUUGCCUGAAGUUCAAACGUGAUGAGAGGCCCCUGUUUCCACAGAUCCUGGUAGCCAUCGAGCAGGUGCAGGACUUACUGCCAAAAAUCGAGCGGAGUCGCUCAGAGCCGUCGCUCCAUCGGGCCGUUCACGCCGAGGACCUGAACCCGCUCCUGUUUCACACCACCAGGCUGGUGCCGCUCUAAGCUCCCCGAAGCACAAAGAAAAGAGGCUGUCUCCCUGUGCAAAACCACAGCAUUCCCGUGCGUCAGAGAGGCCACAGCCAGCUGUCCUGACAGGCCCAAUUCACUCUCCACCCCGCAGAGCCCUGGAGCUGACCGUACACACCGUAGAAAUAACCCUAAUGUGUUGCUAAGUCUGACAGUGACUCUUUUUUUUUUCCCCCUUUUGUACAAGAGACACCUACGCAUCAAAUGUAAAAAAAGUGUAUCUUAAAGUACGUUAAAGUACGUUCAUAUGUCAUUACACCGACUCUGAGAAUCAAACAGGCUGACUUUGACACUCAGAGGUAUGUUCAGUUGUUUUGUGUGAGUGAACUGCAAAAAGUGUUUUAAGAAGGAAAUUAGUCGGAGCUCUGAACAGCACUGUGAUCCGCCAACAAUUGAAAUCAGUUCAACAGCCAUGAAGCUGGGGCUUUCUGGUUGAGGUCACCUGAUCAGCUUACUCAUGCUCGCUUGUCAUGUGGCCCUUUCAGUGCAAUGCAACAUAAAUGGGAUCGGGGCCCUGAGAUGAGAGACCAGUGAUUUUGUCUCAAUGGGACCUCAAAUAUUUGCCCCUUCUGCAAAUCUUCCACAGUAGACAUCUUGUAAGCAGUGAUGUCUUCAAUUUUAGAGGCUUUGGACAGGAACAGGUAACUUAAGACACUGAAGUAUGAGUGAAGUGAAAGAUUAAAGUAUUAUCAGCACCUUGUUGAAAUCGUCUCUGAGCAUACAACAGAAUAAGUGCUGCAAAACAAAACGAAUCAAACGACCCCACCUUCCACAAGUACAAACAUGGCUUGAUGGGUAGAUGUCCCUAAAUUCCUCUGGAGGCCAGGCUUCCAUUGAUGUUGCAUUAAACUGUAGAAUGUCAAACAUUGACAUGUGGCACAGUGGCAGCUGACCCAGCUGAGCCUGAUCAGCUGAGAUUCAAAGUUAGUAACAGAUUCUAAUCAAAACUAAAAUAUAAAACACCACACUACUGGUUGAGGGGUAGAGAGUUAUUCACAUCAUGUAGUCCUCUAUUUAGUCUUACAGCACACCAGCUCAACUUGAACUGAUUUCACUAAAUUUGUAUGAAAAAAAAAAAGUCAUGUCCAGUCUGAACACAUCAAGUUGUCAAGUGUAAAAUCAUUUAGUGUUUUUAGGGGCUUUCUUGACAUCCACCUUAUUGCUGACAGAUUGUCCCACUAAUCUGUUAACUUUUAUGGCCGUUGAGCUGUUCAAAGGUGUAACCAUGAUACUCAGUGGUAAAACCGCAUUUCCAUGCCGAGACACACACCUUUCAGCUCUGCAGAGCACAGCACCAAGUUCAAGGAACACUGAACUUUUCUUCUUUAAUCAGUUUUCAGAAUGAGAAUGGCAUCGCGCUCAUGUCGAUGACAUGUGUUUUUCGUAGAGAGUUUUCUGUUUUGAAUUCAACUAGGAAUUGCCAGAGUUUGGUAAGAUACUGUUUUGAUGUAAAUGGCUAGUUGUAUUGCUGCUACACACAGUGAGUUUUCUGUUCAGUGUUUCUCACGCCUCAGAGAUAGAACUUAAGUGCACCCACAUGGUACACGGCUUCAACAGAAACAACUUUCAUAGGCUUCCUUAGAGGUUUAAUAUUUACGUCAAUCUCAAAUGCUGCAACAUGUGUUAGUCCCUGGUCAAUACUUCACUUCCUAAACUACUACUGUAAGUGUUGGGUGUGUGUUAACACUGUGACUGACUUGGUUAAUUAGUUGGUGAGGUAUGAGUUUGAGUACACUUUAAAGAUGUUUCAUGCGACCACAUCUAAAGCCAGAGGUGAAACCCCAGCUGUAAUAGUCUCUCUUCAAGACAGGUCUUUUUCUAAUCUCAUGGUGUUGACAUGAGAAGCUAAACUAGGUUGUGGUGCAUGUUUUAUAUGGUCAGCCCUCGAAGACAGAUGAUGCUGCUCUCUGUCUCGCACAUAAAACGCAAUGGAAGCAAAAACAGAAGCUAAGAACCUGCUUCCUCUCAUCAGGCCAGUCACUGUGAGAAGUGAGCGCCUUUGACAGACGGGCUUUUUAAUCCGUGAGAAUCUGACCGUUUGGUGUCGGAGAACUCCUUCUCAUUGUUGAAUCAGUAUGUAGAUACGAACGUGUUGCAUCACUAUAAUGGAGCCUCUACCAAGAAUGUUUCACUAGUGCAACACUCUGAAAUAGCAUGUAGUCAUCUGAAUACAUCCCAGUGUUGCUUGGCCAGUCCUGUCGGCCUGUAUUCUGCAGGACUUGCAGACGUCGCUCAUGGUGUGAUCUCUGAAACAAUAACUUAACCUUCAUCUUCCUCUUUUGUUCAGAAUGAUAUUUGACGCGCUAGGCUGUUCUCAGGUGUACUCGGCUCCAUGACGCAAACGUGUUAAAAAAACAAAACAAAAACCCUCCGGAGCUGAGGUGGUUAAAACAAGCUGCCCUUCCCACCUGUCGAUGGAGGUUGUAGCUGCACGAAAGCUUCCUCACUAAUGACGCCAGGUCUGCGAUGGUGACUCUGCUGCGGGUGUUUGUUGAGCUCUGUGCUCCUCACGAUUCAACUCACGUCACUGUGCUUUUCUAGUUUGAGAAAGAAGAGUGCCUGCACCAUGUCGGUUUAAGAAACACUGCUCUAAUCAAGAACAAAAUGUAGGAAGGACGUAGGUCAUCGCAGGGAAGGAGGUGUCUGGUACAGGUGGUGGGACUUCGGCUUGUUUACUUGAACCGAAUCCACAGCUGCUUUAGCUGUUGGCCUCUGUGAUUCGUGACACUAGUGGGGAAGUACUGUAUUUCUCAAAAGCUGUGUUGGCAUUGGCACCUCUGCUGACAACAUUAAUGAUCCAGGUUGGGCCCGUCAUGUGAUUUCUGCUUUAUUAUCUCAUGUUUGACAGGUCAAAGUCACUGUGACUAUCAUCAGUUGGGUGGUGUGUUGUGUACCGGUUGCUAAACGGUUCCCGAUCUCGUGGAUUCAUACCUGAUAUCCAGUCAGUGUAGUCAACACAUCUGUGCUGUGGCUCAGGUUGUUGAUGUGCUCUCUCAAAGCACACAUAGGCAGGACUCCAUGUGGCAGCAGAGGUCUGCUGGGCUAAUCACAUCGUUUGGGAGAGUUGAUGCGGUGAUGGACAGAAGUGUGACAUCAGCACGGUUGUACGCGUCAUCUGAGCACAGUCGACUUUCUGAAAACUAAAUGACUGCUGUAGGAAAAGUGAAAUGUUUCCAGAUGAUACCACUGUAGUGUCUUUCUUUCAAGAUAUAAGGAUGUUAGUAAUACUUUCAGUCUACUCUUUUUCAAACAGAUUUUCAGGUUGUCUGUCUCGGAUCAACUGAAAAAGCACUCCCAUCACAAAGGUCCAUGGUGGUUUUAGUAUUGGUGAGGUUAAUGGGAGACGGUCGGCUGAAGUUUAUAGCUGACGUUCUCUCCUUUCAGGUGCCUUGGCUGCCUCCUUCCUUCAGCACAUUAGCAGCCUGGCUAAGUGCUGUCCUACAUUUUUAUGGCUUAGUUUAAUUUCAUAGCUCAGUAGGUCCCUCUGCUGAACCUCAACACAAAUUGGGCUGACCUGCUCACAGACCACAUGUUUGAAUUUGAAUAGCUCUAUGGUUUGUCCAUCUUAUUUUAUUUUAUUUUACAUUUGGCAGAAAUCUGAAUAAAAGGUGAGGGCGUGGUUGUUUUCUCAACAGAUUUAAGUUUUUGCUCUCGACAGCUGUCGUGUAUCAGUUUUUCCCUGUGAAACAUCAGCAGUCUCAUGUAGAAGUGCGACUGUAGUCCAAAGCACAGCUCAAAAAGAAGCCCCUUUGUGGGGGCUGGUGGGGUUACUUGCAGCUACUAAGUGAAGGAAGAGCAGCACACGUUGAUAUUGUGUCAGUUUUAGGGGUUUCAAUCAAAGAUGCUUUUCUAAACGGUUUUCUGGAUCACGGUUUCAAUCUCUUUCAUCAACAGUUUAUUGUUCCGUUGCAGUGCAACUGGUGUCAUUGGAAAUCUCUGAGGUGUUAACUUUAUAAUAGUCUUAAGCGUUUUAGGGUGGCACUCUGUGGGGGGUGGUGGUGUGUGUGGUGUUCUGGCUUCUGUGUAUCCUCCAUGUUGAAGUGACUGAGCAUUAAACAGAUGUUGCCUGCGUUGGUCACUAACGAACUGACUUUGGAUCAGAGGUUUUGAUAUUUUAAUGUUGUGAAAGUAGGGGCUGGGUACCCUUACUGUUCGUACUCAUUCCAUUUAUUUCGGUGGAUCGUGGUUGGGGUGGGGAUUUGUGAACCAGGGUUGGGAAAGACUCUGUUUCUGUCUUUCUCUUAUUUAUUGUUGUCUUUGCAGACGCUCUAGUCUGCGACUGUGGCUCUGAGGUGGAUUCGAUGUUUACCGAGAAUGUUUCGGUCUCUGAAACAUUCGUCAUCGCGGGCGCUUGCUCCCUCUUUCUAUAACAAGAAUGUUCUUUUAGGCACGGUACUGUCUGCUCCCACAAGUAAUUUUUAUUCUGAUACUCUCAACUGUAGGGGCAUUUGUAGUGGCUUUUUAUCUCUAAAUCACCCAGAGCUGGAAUAACCAUGCUGGUUAUCAAACUUUUUUAGAAAGAUUUUGUUCAUAGGGUUUCACUACAAUAGCGUUUGUUAAUAGCAACACACAAAUAAAAUGAUUUUAAAUAUGUGGUGGGCAGGAACUUAUCACUGUCUAGUGAUAUUAAGUGUAGCUUAAGUGAAUGAAUGGCCUAAGGCUGGUGAAUAAAGUCUUUUUCUAAAUGAGCUGCUUUUUAUAACCUGUUUAGCAACAGUAAUGAAUUAAAAAAGAAAAAAAAGAUUUAGCAUGCUUAUUAUAAUGAUGUCGGAUUUCUGUGAAUCAGUGGAAAAACGUGCAACACCACUCAGAGAGACUUGGCGACUUUAAAUCCCCCUGUUCAAAAUAACAUGUUAAAUCCUUUUUGGAAUUUGUGUGGUAUCUCCCCAAAGACAACUUGGUCUAAAGGAGGAGGGAACAAGUGCCAGUUACUGGAAGGCCCUGUUCAAAUGGACCUGAACAGCUUCAUGACAGAUUGCAAGAUAACUGUGCUGCGUCUGGAGAUUUAACGGGGGUGCCAGACCUGGGGGAAACCCGACUUGACACAUCUGUUCGUUUCACAGAAGGAAAGAAAAAAAAAAUACGAGAGAGCUGUAUCAGAGUAGUUUCUUUAUUUUAUUUUUGUCUUUUCAUAUCUGUAGGUGAAUUGCAAUACUUGUGUCUAUAGUUUCUGAGGUGUCAGGGGUGUGUCCAGUUUGCAAUAAAUGGUAUAUUCUGCUGUGUACAGUUACAUUUUUUUUUUUUAAUUACAAAAAAUUGUAUUUGUUUCUAUUUUUUUGUGUGAUGGUUUCAAAAAGAACAAAGUUAUUUUAAAGUGUAAAGGAAAUCUUAGUAUUUUUUUAGUUUUUUUUUUUUUUUGUCUUGAAAUAUUGUUGCAGGAUUUAUUCUUUAAAUAAAUAAAUUCAUCUGUGUUACUUUUCUGCUUUCUGUCUCCAGUACUGUUGUAAUUGCUUCUUUUUUUGAAAAAUGGCAAGAACUAAAGAUUUCUAUUGACCUGUAACUGAACACAAAGCGUCUCACAGCCUUUUUAAAUAGAGAAACACGAACUGUGAGCUUUUAGGGGAAUUGGUUGGCUGAACAGGGUCAAAAGAGGAAGUGGUUAUUUUAAGGCUCCACCACAGAUGAGCUGCAUGCAACAGACAGGAAACAUAGACCUGACAACAUGAAGUCUGCUGACAAUACUGUACUGUUUACCAUAACCAAUACUCUAUUGCCAUACUUUAAUAUCUGAUGUUGGUGAAAGACAAUUGCAGUAAAUGGUAAAUAUUUAUUUUACAGAAACAUUUAAAAAGGAAUUCUCUUUGAAAAAUGUACCCUUUAAAGACAGCUGGAUGAACUCGGAAACAAGCAAGUCAUGCAUACUGCUCUGACUGAAAUAGCAUUGUACAUAGCUUGAGUUCAGAAGACCAAAGUGGCCAUAAAUGAAACAAUCAGGUGUGUGAAAAAAGCACAAAAACAAAUAAUUCUGAUUUAAACAGGUAGGUCUGGAUACCUUUACAAAAAGUUGUCUACACACCUGAUUUUUUUUUUUUGAUUUUUUUUUUUUUUUUUUUUUUUUUUACAGAACUGUACAAUGACAUUAA